UGCACAAUAAAAGAAAGAUUCUUCCAAUCCGGAAAACUAGAGGGUUAUUUUCAUUUUUCGUACUAAAAAUGAAUUGGAAUCAAGAGACAAAGAAUAGGCUGAACGAAAAGGUUGCACAGAAUGUACAAGACGUAGGGUCCCUUGUAAGACAUGUGGUAAAAACGUCAAAAUCCAACGAGCUUCUGGCACAAGCAGCAAAGAAUUUUUCCUGUCAGGAGAACGUCAUCCAUAAUUCAUCAGAGUCAUUGAAGAAAAUGAUAACAAUAAAAACUCAGCUAGAAUAUCAAGAGUCAGCUAUAGAAAGAAGCAUGAGUACUCUUUCUGAUAUUCAAGAACAGCUCAACUCCAUUAAUAGAUGACCAUGAAGGAUCUUUUUUAAUCAAAACCAUGUGACCAUUAUAUCAUCAGAGUUCUUGGAAUCAGUCUGAAACCAGUGUGUUCAGUGA